CUCUGUCCCAGGAAUGGUGCAGAAGUUGGACCAGAAGCUUCCGGUAGCUAACGAGUACCUGCUGCUGUCGGGCGGGGUGCGUGAGGGCGUGGUGGACAUGGACGUGGACGAGCUGAGCGUGUCCUCCCGGGGGACGGACUACGACAUGGACUUCACGCUGCUGGUCCCGGCGCUGAAGCUGCACGACCGCAACCAGCCGGUGACGCUGGACAUGAGACACUCGGCGCUGGGACACUCCUGGCUCAGCCUGAGACUGUUUGAUGAGGGGACAAUCAACAGGUGGAAGGACUGCUGCACCGUGGUGGACCACGUCAGCGGCGCGGUGAACUACUUCUUCUCCCCCACGCUGGUGGCGGACUGGUUCCACCAGGCGGUGUCGCUGGUGCUGCUGGAGGUGCAGAAGAAGCCCCAGAGGGGGGUCCCGCGGGUGGAGAAGGUGCAGCGCAACGGCACGGUGGUCUCCGUCAUCCUGGGCGUGGGCAGCAGCCGCAUGCUGUACGACAUCGUCCCCGUGGUGUCCUUCAAAGGCUGGCCCGCCGUGGCCCAGAGCUGGCUCAUGGAGAACCACUUCUGGGACGGCAAGAUCACGGAGGAGGAGGUGAUCUCGGGCUUCUACCUGGUCCCCGCCUGCUCGCCCAAGGGCCGCAAGGAGAACGAGUGGCGGCUCUCCCCGGACACCCGUCCUCGCUCCUAG